CUGAAGAAAAGGAGAGAACAGAAGCGACGAUAAGAACAAGACACUGUUAUCGUAUGGAUACAGUAAUUGUACGGCCCUCUUUCUGACGUCAUCCCCCGCACGGUCAGCAAACCAUCGCCGACAAAUAAAACCACUGAUUCACGGCGCUUAAUUGAUACGUACUGGCCUCCUCUCUCUUCUUACUCUCAUAUUCUCAAUUCCUUUGCUCCAUAGGCCAAAAUGGAGCCAUGGCAGCGAAACAUUCGCAGGAUGCACCAAGUCAGCGAGGUGCUCGACCUUGACCCUCAAAAGUCCGACAUGAUCGCCGAUUUCGUCGCACUCAUCCAAGCAAUCCGCGAAGGGCUUACACAAAUUGACGAUGAUUCCUAUAUACCCGAUUCGCAGAUCAAUAUGCUCUUCUUGACAAAGCUCAAGGAAUGUCCUGAUUGGAGUGACUGGGCAUCUGCCAUGCUGCGAGAUGGUCGGAUGUGCUCCUCCAAUCCUGCAGAGCAGGUGACCUUUCAGGAGCUGGCCCAAUUGGCCAUGGAGCAAGAGAAAAUCCGUCAGCAGCGGGGAAGGAGUGCAUGGGGUGGUGAUCAUGGUGCUGCCAAGAGAGGGUUUGCAUCGCCAUUGAAGGUUCCGGAAAAUCCUCGCGCUCUCACUCAGGACGAGAUCAACGCAUUCGUUGUCAAACAGAUGCAUAAGGAUGAGGCAUUCCGUAAUCGCAGUGGAAGUAUCCGAGGACAUGCUAAGCGGCCCAGUCAGGAGGAAAUCAAUGACUACGUGGUCGAACAGAUGCGUCGAGAACGGGAGCAAGCUACAAGGAAUCGAAGUUACAGUCAACCAAUGCAGGGAGGGCCUGUUCACCGACCGGUGCAGAUGCGUUGCACCUUCUGUGGUGAUAGAAAUCACCAGCUUUCAAACUGCUGGCGGAGAUGGAGAGUUGCUGUGGAAGCUCCAAGUGGGAACUACUUGCCUAAACGUGUCGAGUACAGGACUGAAUUUCCGGGACAACCACCCAUGUAUCGCACGGGGUUUACGCUUUUUUAGGCCCGUAUGAGACAAGUUAGUGAUUUUUGAUCGAGGUUACGAUUUUACUCUCGUUUAUCAGCGACUGGAGUUUAUUCAAGAGCAUGGAGUUUGGAGCCUUUUAGCAUCAUGUUCCCCUAUGUUGAAUAUUUGGAGCGAUGAUUUUUGUGCUUGAGCGACAUACAUGUAGGAUUCCCAUACAUACUUCGCGGUUGUUACAACU